AUGCAGAUGGCAACUCCCAUGACCACAGUGGUGACCCCCACACCCCAGGGGCAAGUAGAAUUGACCCCUAAGGGAAGCUGUAGGGCAGGAGUGAAGUUCGCCAUCGAUGUUGGGUACCGGCACAUUGAUGGGGCCUACAGCUACGGGAAUGAGCACGAAGUGGGGGAGGCCAUCAGAGAGAAGAUAGCAGAAGGAUGGGUGAAGAGAGAGGAUAUUUUCUACUGCGGAAAGCUGUGGGGUACAGAUUUUGACCCAGAGAGAGUCCUCCCAGCCCUGCAGAAGACACUCCAGGACGUCCACCUAGAUUAUGUUGAUCUUUACAUCAUGGAAACGCCCAUGGCUUUUAAGCCUGGAGAUAAAAUUUUUCCUAAAGAUAAGAAUGGCAAUUUGAUAUUUCACAAGACAAAUCUCUGUGCUACUUGGGAGGCUUUGGAAGCUUGCAAAGAUGCUGGCUUGGUGAAAUCUCUUGGUGUAUCCCAUUUUAACCGCAGACAGCUGGAGCUAAUACUGAACAAACCAAGACUCAAGUAUAAGCCAGUCUGCAACCAGGUGGAGUGCCAUCCAUAUUUCACCCAGACAAAACUCCUGGAAUUUUGCCAACAGCAUGACAUUCUCAUGGUUGCAUUUACUCCUUUGGGGAUCUCUAAGAAUCCAGACUGUUUCGGUGUAUAUUUUGAACCUUUGUUAGAGGAUGAACUUCUAAACUCAUUGGGGAAAAAGUACAAAAAGACUGCAGCUCAGGUUGCUUUGCGUUUCAACAUCCAGAGAGGGAUAGUUGUCAUUCCUAAAAGCUAUGACCCUGCAAAGAUCAAAGAAAACCUUCAGAUCUUUGACUUUUCUCUCACUACAGAAGAAAUGAAGACCAUCGAAACCUUGAAUAGAGAUGUCCGCUUAGCAGGUCAGCUCAGCCCCCCUCCGCCCAGUUUCCACCGUCCCCAUCCCCCCGCCAUCACCCCCCGUAUUGUCCUCAUCCACAGGUGUAUGAUUAUUGUCCAAUCUCUUCCCACUGUACGCUUUGUUGCUGGGUCAAAGAUCAUACACGUGGAAAAUGCAGCUAUUUCCAUCCGCAACAUGUCCCUGUGCUCAGAAAGGUCUCUCACGACUUGUUCAUGCUCUACUCAGAAAGGGUACGGAGACACGUAA